AACCCCGCCCCCUCCCCGUCAUUCAACUGUUGGCUCAUUUCAAGCUGCAGUCCACAGCACGAGGCAGCGCCGUCAUGUCCCCGAGACAAACGUGCCCCCUGCGUCUCUUCCCGCCGCUGCUGCUGCUGUUCGCAGCGGGCCAGCAGUGUUCUGCCGCCCGCCCGUUGCUCGUUUUUCUCAUCGAUGGGUUCCGUUAUGACUACAUGGAUGACCUGCAUGCGCUACCCGGAUUUCGCGAGCUUGUGGGCAAUGGAGUGAAGGUGGACUACGUGACGCCAGACUUCCCGACUUUAUCAUACCCCAAUUACUACUCCUUGAUGACAGGCCGUUACUGUGAUGUUCAUCACAUGACUGGAAACUACAUGUGGGACGAAGCCUCCAAGAAGGAGUUUCUGAUUGGGACCAAUCCUGACAGUCGGUUGCCUCUGUGGUGGAAUGGAUCAGAGCCAUUAUGGGUCACCCUAGAGAAACUGGGAAAGAAGGUUUACAUGUACUACUGGCCUGGCUGCGAGGUGAAGAUCCUGGGUGUCCGUCCAUCAUUCUGUGAGGAAUAUGUCUACAACCCCUCAGAGAAAAACCUCACAGAUUCAAUAGUGAAUGCGCUCAAUGUCCUGAGUUCAGGGCAAGCAGGCAUGGCAGCAAUAUAUUAUGAGAAAAUAGAUGUGGAGGGCCAUCACUUCGGUCCAGACUCUCAUCAGGUCAGAAGCGCUGUGCAGCAACUGGAUCUCGCCAUGCAGACACUCAUCAGCAAAAUCAAAGAGAAGAACAUGGUGAACCAGCUGAACAUUGUGCUAUUUUCAGACCAUGGUAUGACAAAGAUCCAGUGGAUGGAAAAGGUCAUAGAGCUGGACAAGUAUAUAAACAUGUCACACAUUGUCAAGAUGAUGGACAGAGGACCAGUGGUCAGUCUGUGGCCCGAAGACAACAAAUUACAAGAGGUGUAUGCUGCAUUGUCCCAUGUCCCAAACAUGCGUGCAUAUCGCAGAGAAGAGAUCCCUGAACGUUUCCAUUUUAAGGGAGGAAAGUUUGUUUCUCCUCUGACACUAUUGGCUGAGCCUGGCUGGUUCAUCGCUGAGAACAAGCAAAGUCUCCCAUACUGGAAAAAUGACUCUGGAGAGGCCUCAGCAUGGCAAAAUGGCUGGCAUGGUUAUGACAAUGAGUUCCUCGACAUGAGAGGUUUUUUCUUGGCAACAGGACCUGACUUCAAGCGGAAUCUUUGGGCACCUCCAAUUCGAGCAGUAGACAUUUAUAAUGUGAUGUGCUGGAUGUUGGGAGUGGAGCCUUUGCCCAAUAAUGGAUCCUGGUCUCGGGUAGAGUGCCUCUUGAAUGGCUCUGAUGGUCUAUCCCAGUCCACAACCCUCUGUACCUGCUGUGUGGGUUUGUUGGGAAUACUGCUGGCACUAUGGGCCUAAAACACUUAACAAUUCAUGUUGUUGUCAGUCCAAAUGAUUUGCUAGAAAUAGAACAUUGAUUAAUUAAUAUGAAAGGCGGAGAAACGAGCUGCAAAAUGUGACCUUGACCUUUUCAUGUCUGAUCAAAAUGUGGGGUUGUCUGAGGUGUGUGUGUGGAUAGAUAGAUCUUGAAGAUGCUCAAUGUGAACCUCUCCUAUACUAAAACUUUUGUUUGUUUUUUAUUGUUUUGUUUUUUUAAAUAUCUU